AUGCCGCCGACGACCCCCGUUCCAUCUCUGCCGGAAGAGCUUCUCGAGGAGGUCUUCCUCCACCUCCCGCCGGACGAGCCGGAGCACCUCGUGCGCGCCUCCCUCGCCAGCAAGCUCUGGCUCGGCCUCCUCACCGGCGCUCGCUUCCGCGGCCGCUACCGCGACUUCCAUGGAGCUCCCCCCAUGCUCGGCUUCCUAUAUACCCUGCCCUUCUUAUGUUUCAGUCCGCCGUCGACAGACCCCCGCCCACACUUCGUCUCCACCACGAAAUUCGCCGCACGCAUUCCCGACGACCUCCGGGGGCACUCGGAGUACGAUGCGCAGGACUGCCGCCAUGGCCGCGUUCUCAUCAGGUGUAAGGAUCUGGGACACAGGAUGCUCUUCAUUUGGAACCCCAUGACGGGCUGCUCCACCGAGCUGCGCCCGUUCACAGAAUACAUGGAGGCCGAAAGCCAUGGGGCUGCGGUGCUCUGCGCCCUCACCGGCUGUGACCACCGCGCGUGUCACGAGGGCCCCUUCCGGGUCGUCUUUGUCUACCUGGACCAGGAUGAGGGCGAGGGUGUUUGUGUUGCAUCCGCAGCCGUGCUCUUGUCUGAUUCUGAUUCCAGCAAGCGGCCCAAUGGCAAAUGGUGUGAGCCGUGCUCUCGUCUUCAUCUUGUGGACGAUGCAUUCAUUGAGGCAAGACCCCCAGUCCUCGUCCAAGACGCACUUCACUUCAUGCUUAGGCACUAUGAGGAUUAUCGUCGUGUAGGAAUUCUCAAGUAUGACUUGGGCUCUAACUGCUUAUCACUAAUUGACGCGCCAUUGGAGGGGCCUGUCAUUGACGAUGCCGCCACACUCAUGGCGAUGGAGGAUGACAGCUUGGGACUUGCACAUGUGGAAAGGUUAACCCUCAAUCUGUGGUCAAGGCAGAUGGCUUCUCACGGAGUUGCCUCAUGGACUCAGCGUGCAAUCGUCGAUCUUGGGAACCUUCUCCCCAUUCAAAAUCCCGAGGAAGAUCUUGAACUGCUUGGAUCUGUGGAGGGCAGUGAUACUGUGUUCGUGACCACGGACAUGGGCAUCUAUGAGAUUAAUCUCAAGUCACUACGAUGGAAGAAGCUGUGGAAGACAGACAAGUUCUGUGCUUUGAUUCCGUACAUGAGUUUCUACAACCGCUGA